AUGCCCUUUUUGAAGCAUAAUCUGCCGUAUACAGAGCCGCUGUGGCACGAAUCGGACCGAAAGGCGCAAAAGGAUGGUUACAGGAGCACAUUUUAUUACACAAACAGAGAUGAAUACUGGGGAAUGUGGAAGGACAACAAGCGGCACGGACGGGGGCGGCAUUACUAUCACAAGGGAAAGGCGAUGUACAACGGGCUCUGGGAAGCGGACAAGCGCGCUGGAAAGGGAAGCUACGCGCUGCUGGAUCCGAAGAGCAAGGAGUACAGAACGAUCUACUACGGCGAGUGGCAGGACGACAUGAAGCACGGAAACGGAAUCUAUUACUACGACCACGAAGUAGAGUCCUACUACGAAGGUAACUGGAGCUGCGACAAGCGCCACGGCUUCGGAAAAAUGUUCUUUCCAGACGGGUCGAUUUACGAAGGCGGCUGGGUGGACGACCAGGAACACGGCCGCGGAACUCUUUAUCUCUCAAAUGGAGACGUCUACGAUGGACAGUGGGAACACGGAGUCAAGCACGGAAACGGAAACUUUCAUCUUCGAUCGCGCGGGCACGUUCUAGUCGGCAGCUGGUUCCAAGGCACUUCGAAAUGCGGCGAAAUCAAGAGCGUCAACGACAGCAGCGCUGACAAGCCGUUCGAGUACGAAAUUCCCGAAUUGAAACUGGCCGAUCCGACGGGCGUUCUUGCCGAGGCGCGCUCACAUCUCAUGGAAGAAAAGCAGAAAAGCUAA